ACAAGCGGUAGAAAAUUGAUGGAUAAUUUCACAUUUUUUCGUCUUAUUUUUACCUUGCAAAUGUCCCACAAUAACAAAAGCCUUACUGCGCCAUAAAGCAGACUCUGGCGACAUCUGCAGGUCAACUGACGUAUGACAACUAAUUAUUCGUAAAUGUAAUUAAACACAGGACUAAAAAAAUGUUUUAAAUUAUUUCUCAACACACAAAGGAUGAAAUGUAAGAUUUCACAUUGUAUAUUCACAUUUUAAAAUUGUAUUUAAAGUUUAGCGCAUUUUAGUACCGAAGAAUGUGAAAGGUUUUGCUCGUUGAGGGGCGGGGCUUCUAGUUGACGCGGCGUUGCCAAACGGAGGAAAAGACUCGUCUCGGUACGAUAAUGUAACAAAUGACUGUAAUACUGCGAUUAAUAAUUUUUAAAAAAAGGAUAUCCUACAAUAAUUUGACACGUCAAUAUAUGAAUGUAAGCAAACCGGUCACAUAUUUCACAAUGCCUGAUUAUGCGCCUCCUUACAACCAAAUGGGGAGGACAGCUUUUUUCCAACAAGGCUUAUUUAUAAAACUACUUCGUAAGCUCUUACAUACACGAGUUAAGUUUUUUUUUUUACGCUACCAAAAAUGACGUCCAAUUGGAAAUGUACGACAUUUUACCUCAAAAAUACGAGAGGUUUGUGAUUCCGGUACAAACAGUUUGUCGUUUCCCACAUGGCAACGCUGGCGUGACGUCACACAAAGGGCGUCAGCUCGUAGGGCGUUGUUGAGAUUCACCGCCAAAUUCAAACCAGCGCUGACACCGAAAGAGGACUUUCUUCGUCUCACACGAGUGUCUCUUCUUUUUAGUCCGAAUGGCAUCCUCAGUGAUGGACGGAGUGGGCCGAGCCGUGGUCGGAGUCUGGCGGGCGCACACGUCCCUGGACGAGUCCGACGGCGCGGAGAGUUCUCCCGAGGCGCCCGACCGCUUCCGCAAACAGCGAUCCUCGUCCUCUCUUAAUUCCCUGCGCAUGUCCCUGCGGAAGCGCCGCCCGCUGUGCGCCGUCCAGGCCGGGUCUCUCCCGGAGACCAACGUGGGGCCGGCGAAGGAGCAGCCGAAGACCAGCGCGGUCCAGAAGCUCAGUCGCAGUGCUCGGAACUCCUUCACCGGAGUGUAUCAGAGGCUGCAGAGGACCAGGGAGUUCUCCCGUGAGGAGUGUCUGGUGGCUACCCCGGGUCGCAUCUGCGAAGAGGAAGAGAACACGUCCUCGCCCAGACGGACCCCGAGGCGCACCCCCAAGUCGGCGACCACACCAGCCCGCACCCCGGGCUCCAGAGGCAGGAGGACUCCUGAGGCCGGCGUGCGCGGGGUCAAGCACGGAGCAGGCAGGAGGCAGUUGGUUCGGAUGGCGGCGCUGCGUAGCCCCUUUGCGUCCCCCAACACGCAGAACCAGAGACUGAAGUUCGACCGAGACCUGGAGUCGGUGUCGAGCGGACUCCGCAGGCUGAAGCAUCUCUCCCGGGCCUUCGAUGACCUCAUCGGGCGGGACGAGAAGACCGAAACACGGCAGGAGUGCGGCAGCGCGGUGAUGAGGAAGUUGGACCCGUGCGGGAAACUCAGCCGCUCCAAUCUGAGCCGCCGAGCCUCCCAACGCCUCGGCGGGUGGGCCGACGUGACCGUGAGCGCCGUACGUAAAUGAGCGUGUUUGUAGCCUAACGUUCUUAUUUAGCCAAAUGAAGACCUUGCCUUGUUUAGAUGUAAAAACAAAAAACUGGGACCUCGUUACAUGUUACAUGGUAGCAGCUUUUGUUUGUCUGUAUGUUAUCGUGGUUUACUCUCCUCAGUGUAGCUAGCAAAAGGUCUACAUGUUUUGUUAUUGUCCUGGCUGCUACAACCAAAUGUACUCAACGUUUCUCUACACCAGGGGGUGUCCAAACUACGGCCCGCAAGACGCUAUGAGUCUACUAAACAAUUCUACCCACAGGGAGGUUGAACUUAUUAUCUUAGUCCGACAAUUUUGAUGAUAAUGUGCAGCCUUUUAGUGGACAAUUCAGGUUAAUGACCUUGAAUUAUGCGCAGGAUGCACAGCAUUCACUUAUAUGACCUAAUGCAAACAACCUUCCCUAGUCAUGGUGCAACAAAUAAAUAUCCGACUAUCAUUAAAAUGUCAACACACGUAACACAACCUGCUCACUGAACUUUGUGGAUAUUGUAGAUAAAACGUCCGCGCACCAUUGGGAGAAAAAAAAAUCUAAUUUACACCGAUUUAAAUCCAUUACAAAGCAUGAUGGGAAAAAUACAAAUAUACUCCGUGCUUUUCUUUGUUUGGAGCAUUUUAGUUGCUUGGUAUUUGUGAUUGAUGACAAAACUUUAAGGAGGUUGUCACGGUAGUAAACAAGUUAGAAGUCGAACAUUCACAUACAUUUAAUACCCAAUGAUAUUAUUUAUAUAUCCAUUAUUUUAAUAUAAUAUGGACACACGUGUGUAUUUAUAUAUAUAUGUAUGUGUAUUUAUUUAUGUAUUAAUGUGUAUAUGUAUGUAUAUAUGUAUAUGUGUGUGUGU